AUGUAUGUUAAGAAUGGUGGGUCAGCUGCGUAUUUAGAUCUCGUUAGGAGUUUGAGAAGGGCAAAGGGGAUCGUAGUGAACACGUUCUACGAUGUGGAGCCGGAAGCAAUAGAAGCUAUAUUGAAUGAUGAAGGAUCCCCACCAAUUUACCCAGUUGGUCCGAUUCUCAAUCUAAACAAGAGUGUCGGAGAAAAACGCGAUGAUAUUGUGCAGUGGUUAGACCAGCAGCCUCCGUCGUCUGUAAUAUUCCUCUGUUUCGGGAGCAUGGGCAGCUUCGAAGAUGCCCAGGUGAAACAGAUGGCCAUAGCCAUAGAACGCAGCGGCCAUCGAUUCCUUUGGUCAGUUAGGCGUCCGCCAACGUCGAGCGGCGGAAAGCCUUGGUUAACCAGUGAAUACAAUGAGUUGGAGUUGGAAGAGGUUAUGCCGGAAGGAUUCUUUACCCGGACGGCCGAGAUCGGGAAGGUGAUCGGUUGGGCUCCUCAGGUGGACGUGCUGGGGCAUAAGGCGGUGGGGGGUUUUGUGACGCAUUGUGGGUGGAAUUCAACAAUGGAGAGUUUGUGGUUUGGAGUGCCGACGGCGUCUUGGCCAUUGUAUGCGGAGCAGCAAGCGAAUGCGUUUCAGAUGAUUAAAGUGCUGGACUUGGCGGUGGAGAUUAAGAUGGAUUAUAGGAAAAAUUGGACUAAGGGUGGAGAGGAGAUCGUUGUGGAGGCUGGGAUUAUUGAAAACGCGUUAAGGCAGCUGAUGGAUGAAGAAAAUAGCAGGGAGAAUCAAGAUAGGCGGAAGAGGGUUAAGGAGAUGAGUGAGAAGAGCAGGAAAGCGGUCCAGGAAGGCGGUUCAUCGUAUUUGUCUUUGGGCCGGUUUAUUGACGAUAUUACCAACAUUCCUGCUUGAUCUACUUUAAUUCCCGAUCUUGGUUUUAUUGUGGUUUUUUAUUUUUAUUUUUAAAAAUACUAUCCCAUCUAAACUUAAUGCAUUU